AUGGUGGGUGAGGAAGAAUGGGAAGUGGAGGAAAUCUUGAACCCCCGAAUUACCGGCCGGAAGAAGCAGCUUCAAUAUCGAGUCAAAUGGAAGACAAACUGCAGCCAUGGUCAUAGAGCUUUCAACCCCUUGGUACCUUUUGAUAAGCCUGUCCCUGAACGAACCACGCAAGGACUGCCCUCCACACCGUUGUCUUCUCUGCUGCUCUUUUGCUCCCCCUCUUUGCGCCUCUGCACCACAGCAUUCAAGAGACGACUCCUCUUCUGA